AUGGGGAAUACACUCUGUUCAUGCCAAAGAACUCGCCCGAUGGGAACCCCAAGGCAUUGGAUAGUCCCGGUGCUUGCAAUGGUGGGAGUCGUUUUGCUAAUACACACAUGGGCAUUUCAUUCCUGGAAACUCCCCGAAAUAAAACCGGCUUCGAGUACCAAACGUCUGGAAUUCCCAGAAUUAAUUCCUAACACCAUCUGGCCGGCCAUUGGUGGUGCUGCCGUUAAAAAUGGCGCUGUGAAGCUUGCGUCAUGGUUGUCUACAAGUGCUACUGGAGCGCUUAUCAGCAUUAAGAAUGGUAAGGUGAAAUUCCCAUUACACUGCGUGGAAAGAUUUAAAUUCGUUAAGAUUUUUGAAUGGCUCGAUGCUGUUCGAACCUACGAGUACGACUUCUGGAUUAACUUUGUACUUUCCAGUUUGCGGCAUCUGCUCGUCAAACAGAACAUCAUCGCACCAGAUUCGAUCGAGGCGCAGGCUCUCAAUGUCAUGAGCCACCCACAUGUUGGAAUUUUGUUCAGGAAUUCAGUGGCCGUUCUCAUAAUCUCCUUCAUUUUUUUCGCUGGAGUGAACUGGUGUAUACUUCCUUUCUUUCGGCUUUUGAGGAACGUGUGGGCGACACACUAUUACGGUGUUGCAGAUUAUGAUCGACUCGCUGAUAUAGUUGCUCAAAUGGUCGAUCUGCUAGAAACUGUACUACCACCACCACAAAAUCUGUUGGCACUGAUCGAGUGUCUACGGUGGUGCCUGGAGCCACCUUCACCAUUGAUAAUCGUUGUGGCACGCUGUGCCAUCUUUCUUGAGUGGUUUUUGCUCCAACUGACUCCCUCGGGCCUAAUACUUGGAGUGUUUGGGAUCCUUGACUAUUUCCACACCGCCCAGGCUGCUCUGGCUGCAUCCCAGCACUGCAAUGACCAGUCAUCGUAUGCGCCAAUUCCCCUACCACAAUGCUACUGCUUUCAAGGUCUCGAAUUUCUGUCCCGAAUCUCCCUCCUUCGCUCUUUAGUUGCUCAGAUUCGCCUUGUUCCCUUCUGCGGAACCUCUCUUACUAAGAACUUACUCCAGGUUUCUGAAGAACUGUCCUGGAGAGACAGAGAAGAAUUUCUACGCUGCAUUGAAGAAGUCUCCAAUUUUUCUGACCUGUUUGAAUUUAUGAAUUGGCUUUUAAAAUGGAGGGCUUCUAGCGAAGAUUUACAAAACCUCAUCAAUGAUCAUGCUGCUAAGGCACUCACAAUGAAGACCCCAGCGAAAACAUAUUCUGAAGUUCUCGAUGUCCUUCGCGUUCUUGACACUCUACCUUACCUUCAUUUCCAAUUUCAGGAGGUGUUCAAUACACUCACCAAGACGGGCGCUCUAUCCCAUCCAGCUGUCGCUGGGCCCUUACGGAUUAUCUUUCACACCAGAAGUUCUUAUUUUCAAUUCUUUACAUUAAUUGACUACGAUUGUUGGACCCUUUUUGAAGGGCUUCCCGGACGACCAGCUCGCAGUACCCAGCUCCACUCUCUUCGCUCAGGCAUUGUGCGCCAAGACAAGAUAAUCCCGAUGGAUCUAUCAACUCUACAGCUGGCACAACUUCUUGAUAAGGUUGCUCAGAUGGGCUAUGACCCGAGCCCUGAUCGGUAUUCUUAUUAUGCUCCGGUCUACGUCGGCUCCAAUAAACUCGCUUCUUUUGCGUACUGGGAUCAGGAUUCUUCUCAGUCCUACGUCUCCACUGCUCUUGUCAAAUCACUUUCGUUGGCUCCCAUCACUGCUGGUCAGUCAGCCUCUAACCAAUUGAUUGCCUCACUUUCUCAGACUGAUUCCACGCAGUAUUUAAACGUUCAAUUCAAUGUUUCGACUUUCGAGCAGACGUUCACCUAUACCUUCAUUAUUGCUGACUUGUGUCAUGCCCCCCUCGUUUUAGGCUCUGAUUUCUGGGCCGCGUAUGAAUCAUUCUAA